GGUACUAAAAUCAAGACUCUUCGGUGGAUUAAGUCUCAGACUCAUAUGAAACUUAAUACUGAUGUACCUGGGAGAGCAGGAGGAGGUGCGAUUUUGAGAAAUCAAAAUGGUGAGCUGGUCGCUGCAAUUUCAUUUCCGUUGAUAGCUUCCACGAGCUUGGAAGCAGAGAUUCAAGCUAUUUUUACUGCUACCAGAUGGGCGAUUGAGGAAGGCUACUCGGAGUUCCUUGUUGAGACUGAUGCGGCGCAGGUGCUCUCUUGUUUCGACCAGAUAGGCGGUCGGUGGAAUGGCCUAAUUCAGGAGAUGAAUCACCUUCAAAUUAGGCAACGAGUAUCUAUUGGACAUACCCUGCGUGAAUGUAAUUGGGCCGCUCACCAUUUAGCAGUUCAUUAUACAACUCAAAUGCAAAUUUUUCGUCGACCCAAAGAAUUGCCUUUAACGGCCCGUCAAGCUUAUUUCAGGGAUUUAUUUGGGCUGCCCUCUUUCAGAUGUUUCUAUUAGUUUACAUGCUCAUUGAAUUCUUUGUUGUAUUUUUAACUCUUUUGGGUAAGGCCUAGCCCCCCCCCCCCCCCCCUCCCCAAUUGAGCUUUCUUUUACUUACUUGUUGUAUUUUUAGAGGGAAUGUCUUCUAGAAGAGGUUUUGGUCGAGUCUCCCUCUUCAUUUUGUAUUUCCAUUUUUCUCAAUAAAAUUUGACAAAUGUUCCCC